AUGGCGCUGACGCAAGCGACGGACGUAACUGCCCAGCAUCAAACAUCAUACAACAGUCAAAUUGAGGCUAUACGGAGGGAUGAAUAUCCCAUGUUACGUGACCAAGUGUAUUUAGACCAUGCAGGGACUACUCUCCCCGCGAAAUCUCUCAUGGUUGAUUUCGCCAAGGAGAUGUCAUCUAUACUCAUUGGCAACCCGCAUUCCUCUGCCAACUCCUCCCAUUCUGCAGCAUCUCUGGUGGAAGAUACUCGCAUUCGGGUACUACAAUUCUUCAAUGCAGAUCCCGAAAAAUUCGACGUCGUCUUUGUUGCUAAUGCAACAGCGGGAAUCAAGCUAGUUGCAGACGCAUUUCGGGCCUUACCCGACGGUUUCGACUACAUCUAUAGCCAAUCAAGUCACACCAGCUUGGUCGGUGUAAGAGAGGAGGCCCACAGAAGUACUUGUCUGGACGAUGCCGCCAUCAUUGAGUGGCUCAACGGACAUGCACUCGACUAUCGACGUGAGGACGACAUUCGGAGACCAGCUUUGUUCGCCUACCCUGCACAAUCAAAUUUAGACGGCCGACGAUUUCCGAUAUCCCGAUGCCACUCUAUAAACACAGCCCCUGGUGUUGCUGGCAAUGGUCAAAUCUUUACCCUACUAGAUGCAGCUGCGUAUGUAUCUACGGCUCCUUUAGAUCUUUCAGUUCUGGAAUUUGCCCCAGACUUUAUUGUUCUGAGCUUCUACAAGAUAUUUGGUUUCCCAGACCUAGGUGCACUUAUAGUACGACGCAAAAGUUCACCGACUCUUCUUCACCGUAGAUACUUUGGUGGCGGUACAGUAGAUGCAGUCACUUGCGAGACAGAAAAUUGGCAUGCUCGAAAAACCCAUAGCCUACACGAAGCCCUUGAAGAUGGAACCCUUCCAGUUCACAGCAUCGUGGCUCUGGGAAUUGCUAUAGAGACUCAUGACCGGCUUUUUGGCACCAUGUUGGAUGUAUCAAGACAUACCUCUUAUUUAGCCAAAGGAUUACGGCAUCGAUUAAGAGCCAUACGACACAGGAAUGGAAAGCCUGUAUGCGUCUUAUAUCACGAAGAAGCGAGGUAUACCCAUGAAAUGGGCUCGGGACCAGUUGUAGCAUUCAACCUACAAGCCCACGACGGAACAUGGGUUAGCCUUAACGAAUUCCAGAAACUGGCCAGCCUACAACGGUUUCAUAUCCGGACGGGAGGACUGUGCAAUCCUGGAGGUAUAUCAGCAACCUUGAAUCUUACAUCCGCAGAUGUCAAGGGCAACUAUGCCAAUGGUUUUCGGUGCGGCGAUGAAAACGAUCUCAUAGACGGCAAACCAACAGGGCUUAUCAGGGUAAGCCUCGGAGCAAUGAGCACUGAGUCAGACGUCGAUAAGUUCGUUACUUUCAUACAAGAUUUCUACUCGACUAAACACAUUUUACCUACGAGUUUGGUCGAUAUACAGCGCGGACAAGGCGACUUUGAUUAUUUCAUCGAGGAUAUCAUUGUGUAUCCAAUCAAGAGUUGUAGCGGGUUCCAUGUUCCGAAGCAUAUCCCUUGGCAAGUACGAGCUGAAGGCCUGAUGUGGGAUAGGGAGUGGUGCCUCGUACACUGUGCCACUGGCCGGGCGUUGAGUCAAAAACGAUAUCCUCUAAUGGCUCUACUCCAUCCAACGAUUAACCUCGAAACCAUGACCUUGAAAGUCUCCUUCGUAGGUUCAUUGCCAGCUGGAGCAUCGACGUCUAUAUCUGUUCCACUUUCAGUGAGCUUUACAAGUGGGACUCACAACUCACUGGGCGAGUCGGUAUUGUCGCGGGUGUGCGGUGACGACGUUGCCAUCCAGAGGUACACUUCAGACUACGUUAACAAUUUCUUCUCCGAUGCUCUUGGUGUUCCUUGCGUCUUGGCACGCCACUCUCCAAGCAGCCAAAAGGAAAGUUCUCGAUGGGCAAAGACUUCCCAAACAUCAAUUCAGCGCUGCUGGACGAAGAAACGGAGCAUAGUAAGCAGUUUUCCGGGGUAUGCACGCGAAGGCAUGCAGUGUCAAGAGACAGCUGAAAGCUAUAAGCUUCUUCUCUCAAACGAAAGCCCAAUCCUCGCAGUUACAUCCUCUAGCGUUCGAGCUUUAAACCAAGUCAUUGAAGCCGGUGGCGAGAAGCCAGUUGCUGUUGAUGUGUUCCGCGCCAACAUUGUCAUCGGUUCUCAGAAAGAAACACCUGGAUAUGUGGAAGAAAGUUGGUCUUUUCUUCGACUUGGUGGGCUACGUUUCAAAGUGCUUGGGCUUUGUCAAAGAUGCCACAUGGUCUGCAUCAACCAAAAGACUGGCGAAAAGAGAGCAGAGCCUUACGUAACCCUUUCCAAGACGAGGCGAUUGCAUGGCAAAGUUUGGUUUGGUAUACAUCUUGCGGUAACUGGUGAUAGGGCUACUCCCUCAACAAGGCCAGAGAUCCAGGUUUUGCGAGUGGGCCAAAAGGUUAUUAGAGAGAAGACACAACAUUUCUCGGAGCCUGUAGCUUCGUUGGAUCAUCAAAUGGUGUAG